CACCUGCUCCCCCCCUUGGUCUGACGAGCCCUGUGGGCCAUUUCAUUCCUUUGUUAUCUUUCGUCGACGGCUAGCACGUCGAGCCCGAGCCGGCCUCUCUCUUCAAUCCACGUUCCCCAGCCCAACACUCGCCUCAUAGCAACAAACAAUAAUGCUGCGACCUGUACACCUCAUCCUGCUCUCGUUCUGCCUCCUCUGGCUCUCUCAAGCCGACGCCCUACCCUCGCCUCGAACAAGGAUUGAAAGGAGAAUUUUCAUUCGUCAGAACGGUUCACCUGUGACUGUGCAGACAACGGAUACCCUGGCGGACGGGACGACGGAGAACUGCUCGAUAACUCUGACAGACAUUGGCAAUGGCCAGUUCCAGGAAGUCAAGAGCUGCGUGAUCUCGGCGGCCAGUGGCUCUUCGGGCUCGUCGACCACGAGUGGUUCUAGCAACUCUUCCGGAGCUUCCUCGUCACCAUCCUCUGCGGACGCUUCGUCUUCGUCUGUAUCGUCUUCCACGGACUCCUCCGCUUCUACGGCUGCUCCAGGGAGCUCUACGGACUCUUCGACCUCGACCUCGUCAGCUUCAGGAUCCAGUGCUGCUGCAACGAGCUCCGCUGCCUCCGGCGGUGCUGCAGUGUCCGUCAUUGGACUCACUACCGUGGAUGCAACGGCAACGGCUGCGGCAUCUGUCACCGCGGUUGCCAGUUCCGCGCCUAUCAGCGGUUCAGGUUCUAGUUCCACGGGUUCUGCCGCGUCAUCUGCCGCCGACUCUGCGAGUUCCACGGGCACAUCUGCCACAGCUGCAGCUGCUAACGCUGCGACUUCUUCUGCGGGUGCGUCGAGCGCAGCAGAUUCGACCGCGUCACCAACCGCCACCCAAGCUGCAUUCACUCUUCCGGGAAAGAAGUUGUCCGUUCUUCCGAUCGGUCUCGGCGUAUUCGCUGGAAUUUCCGUCAUUGCCCUCAUUGUUGUCGGAUUGGUCACCUACGAGCGGACCAAGUACCGGAGGGCUUUCAGGCAGCGCAAACUUGCAGAGUCCGGUGCAUCUAUGGGAUACGGUGGCAUGGCGCAACGUGCUUAGCGCAUUUUGCUUUGCGUAUGUUUCUUACAUUUAUCUUAUUGGACUUUGCCUUCUGUCUCGGUUACGUAGCUGGCACCUUCGACGCUUUCGAUACUCUACGCGACUCCGCUGUGUGUGGAGCUGUACAUUACUCGCGAAUAAAAGGAGGAUGGAGCGUAAAGAGCAACGAUUGGAGUGUAGAUAUUGUACUCCGUAUCGGCUACUUCGGAGGUUCACGACCGAUCUUUUGGUACCCGGCAACAACUGGGCAUGUACAUACCAUAUACUUGCCACCGGGAUAUUGCAUAUAUGAUGUGUGUUGGCU